AUGGUUUUGUCGAAACGAUGGAAGUUUCUUUGGACGUUUGUGCCAAGACUUGAAUAUGAUCAUGCUGGGUAUGAAGAUGGUGAGGACUGGAUAUUCUCGCGGUUUUUUUACAGUUCCUUGCUGUUACACGAAGCUCCAGUCCUAGAAAGUUUGUCUUUUAUGCUUCAUCCAAAAACGGGUGGAAUAGAUAUUGGAGUAUGUGUUAGAACCGCUAUUAAACGCAGCGUGCGUAAGCUGCAUAUUGUGAUAGAUGAUUGCUCUGAUGAAACUAUCCAUCCUGCAGUGAUACUUCCGAGUAGCUUGUAUACAGGUUGUAGGAUGCUUGUGACUUUGGGACUAAGUAAUCUGGAUCUUAUGGAUUCGUCUUCCACGGUUUGCUUCCCAUCCCUCAAAACUUUGGCCCUUACGUGGAUAAACUACCCAAAUAGCGGAUUUGUCCCAAUGUUUUUAUCUGGCUGUCCUGUUCUUGAAAACUUGUUCGUGCAACGAUGCUUCGGUGACAAUGGGGGCCUGUUCGUAAUUAAGAUGGCCUGUUUGAAGGUGUUAUCAUACCGUAAAAUAUCGGACUUCGAUGCUGACGGGUUUUGGAUAGAUGCUCCUUCUUUGGAACUCUUGAAUGUUGACGAUCAGAAACUAGUGGGGUCCAUCGCAAGCAUGAAUCCGAUGCCGUCCUGGAACGAACCGAGUGAUGUUCCUCGAUGUUUACUGUCAAGUCUCGAAACUUUUGAAUGGUCACAAUACGAAGGAAGAGAAGACGAUAUCCAAGUUGCGAGAUUCAUCUUAAGAAACUCUGCUCGUCUAAAGACAGCAGCUUUCAACCCUAAAUCCACUGAUCCUGAAGAGAAGCUUGAGAUACUAACAAAAUUGUCAAUGACUCUAAGAAGUUCUACAACAUGUCAGCUUAACUUCGGUCUUGGGACUUCAACCAGUGUUCAAGAGGGGACGACGGAGUCUUUGUGGCGCUUAGAGUUUCCCGUGCGUCGUUCAGAAAAGGAGACGUUUCUUAUGGCGCACGUCUCCUACGAAACUAAAUAA